AUAUUUCCUUCGAAAUAGCACAAAUUUAUCAAAUUCAUUUAAUUUGCACAGAAAUUCAACUAGCUUUAUAGGAACGAUAUAUUCAACGGAAAUAAUAGGAUUUUUAGUUUCUCAUUGUCUCUGCAAAAAAAAAAAAAGAAGAAUAUGUGAAUUAAGUUGUUAAUUGAAAUAAGAUAUUCGAAAAUGAGAGAAAGUGUUUUAUUGAACACUUGCAUACAGCAGUUCUGUUUAAGAUACGGAAUGUUGUGAGCAACCACCGAACAAAAAAAUCGAUAUUUGCAUUACCAUUCAUCCGAACGAUUUUAAAUAACACACAAUCACUUCUCACAUCACAACAAAACUAAGAAAUAAAUCGAAACAAAACAUUGGUUGAGUAAAAUGAAUAUUAUCAGCAGUAUCUACAUUACUUUUGUACUCAUAUCGGCAUCCCUACCUACAUUUAAAGCUGAGUUAAGUAAAAAUCUUCACUAUUACGAAUCCAUACAUGCGGAUGAUGUUGUUCAUAGAGUGGUUAAACGAGGCACAAAACAAAGUUAUCAUCCGUUUAAUGUUAUAAAAGAAGUCGAAUUUAAGGCCCUGGGUCGGCAUUUUCGAAUUAUUUUGCAUCCACAACGUGAUGUGUUACAUAGUAAUUUUAAAGCAUAUUCUGUGGACGGUGAAGGAAAUGAGAAAGUCGUUCAUUUCGAUCAUGACAGUUUGUAUACUGGCCGAGUAUUUGGCGAAACAGAGUCAUCAGUUAGAGCUCAUAUAGAAGAUAAAAUUAUAACGGCAAACAUUAUUUUACCAGAUGAAACGUAUCACAUUGAGCCAUCUUGGAGACAUAUACCACAUUUAUCCGAUCGUCAUAUGGUUGCUUACAAACAGUCUGAUGUUAAAUUAAGUUGGAUGACAAACGAAACAGCGAAUAAUUUUCCAAAAGUAUGCGGAUAUGUGAAAGAAGGACGAUCUGACGAAAUUAUCGAAACGGAUGACCAUGACUAUAAAUUGGAUACGCCAACAAAAACAAAUGAAAACACGAGCUUGUUAUCCGAUUACUUAUUUAAUAGUUCCAAACAUAGACGGCACAAACGACAGGCCGACCAAUAUGAGUAUACACCAACAAAAACUCGAUGCCCAUUACUUUUGGUGGCUGAUUAUCGAUUUUUUCAAGAAAUGGGCAGCGGAAAUACGAAAACAACAAUUAAUUAUCUUAUAAGUCUAAUAGACCGUGUUCACAAGAUAUAUAAUGACACUGUUUGGCAAGAUAGAGCGGAUCAAGAAGGAUUUCGUGGUAUGGGUUUUGUGAUAAAGAAAAUUGUCGUUCACUCGGAACCGACUCGAGUUCGUGGCGGCGAAGCGCAUUAUAAUAUGGUUCGCGAAAAAUGGGAUGUGAGAAAUUUAUUGGAAGUAUUCUCACGUGAAUACAGUCACAAAGAUUUUUGUUUAGCUCAUCUAUUUACGGAUCUUAAAUUUGAAGGUGGCAUCCUUGGUUUGGCAUACGUUGGAUCGCCACGUCGUAAUUCAGUCGGUGGCAUUUGUACACCGGAAUAUUUUAAAAAUGGAUAUACAUUGUACCUAAACUCUGGUUUAAGUAGUUCAAGAAAUCAUUACGGACAACGGGUUAUAACGCGAGAAGCUGAUUUGGUCACCGCACAUGAAUUUGGCCAUAAUUGGGGUUCAGAACACGAUCCCGACAUUCCGGAAUGUUCGCCAAGCGCUUCUCAGGGCGGUAGUUAUUUAAUGUACACAUAUUCAGUUAGCGGAUACGAUGUUAACAAUAAGAAAUUCUCCCCAUGCUCAUUACGAUCUAUACGAAAAGUAUUGCAAGCCAAAUCGGGACGCUGUUUCUCCGAACCAGAAGAAUCAUUCUGUGGUAAUUUACGUGUCGAAGGUGAUGAACAGUGCGAUGCUGGUUUACUUGGAACCGAAGACAAUGAUGCAUGUUGUGAUAAAAACUGUAAAUUACGUCGAAAUCAAGGGGCCGUUUGUAGUGAUAAAAAUUCACCAUGUUGUCAGAAUUGCCAAUACAUGACGUCUGGUGUUAAGUGCAGAGAAGCACAGUAUGCGACAUGCGAACAGGAGGCCAGAUGUUCGGGCGGUCAAUCUGAAUGCCCAAAAUCACCGCCAAUGGUAGAUGGUACCACAUGCCAAGAGCGAGGUCAAUGUCGCAAUGGAAAAUGUAUUCCAUAUUGUGAAACUCAGGGCUUACAAAGUUGUAUGUGCGAUAUAAUUCAGGAUGCAUGCAAACGAUGUUGUCGCAUGAGCAUCAACGAAACAUGCUUUCCCGUUGAACCGCCCGAUAUUCUGAGCGAUGGUACACCAUGCAUUCAAGGCUUUUGUAACAAGGGUGUAUGCGAGAAAAGCAUUCAAGAUGUGGUUGAACGUUUCUGGGAUAUAAUCGAGGAAAUCAACAUAAAUAAAGUGUUGAAAUUUAUGCGCGACAAUAUCGUCAUGUCAGUGGUUUUGUUGACGGCACUGUUUUGGAUUCCGGCAAGCACAACUAUCUCGUACGUUGACCGUAAAAAAAGACGUAAUGAAUCAAAGGAAUAUAAAUGGAAUAAUUCAUUGGAUUUGAUUCAUCCAAGCGAUAGACGACGUGUUAUUCAUAUACGGGUUCCACGUCAAACCAAAACUAUGGGCCGUAUUUAAUCGCAUUGCCUGAACUUUCAUUCAUCUCGACCAUGUAAUUCAUAUGUACGAUCGAAAUUUGUAUUAUACACAAGUAAUUAUGUAAAAGACAUAUUGAGAAAAAACAAAAAAA